AUGGCUCCGCAGCGGCGGGCGGCCCCGCGCGGCCCCGAGAGCGGCGGGAUGGCGGCUGGGCCGGACCGCGGGGGCCGCCGCCGCCACAGCAGUGCCAAGAAGAGCAGAGGCCAGCAAGAGUCACGGUGGAGGUGGCUGAAGACAGCGUUCCUCCUCUCCUCUGCCGCUGUCGGUGGCCUCCUGAGCUGGAGCUACCUGAGCGCCGAGGAUGGGGUCACAGAGGUGCUGGCUCAUCACAGCGAGAGCCUGCAGGACAAGUUCAUUGAGGUCCCCUGCUCUGAGGACUACGACAGCCACAAAAGAUUUGAAGGGUGCACUCCUAGGAAGUGUGGAAGAGGUGUGACUGAUGCAGUAAUCACAAGGGAAGAAGCUGAAAGAAUCCGUAGAAUAGCAGAGAGGGGACUGUCGUUGGGAGGAUCUGAUGGAGGGGCAUCAAUUCUGGACCUGCAUUCUGGAGCUCUCUCACUGGGGAAGCAUUUUGUUAAUCUGUACAGGUACUUUGGGGACAAAAUUCAAGACAUCUUCACAGAAGAGGAUUUUGCAUUAUAUCGUGAUGUGAGACAGAGAAUCCAACAAAGGAUUGCUCAGGCGUUUGGUAUCAGCUCUGCUUCCAUGUACCUGACCAAGCCAACAUUCUUCUCGAGAAUAAACAACACAGAAGCCAAGACAACACACGAUGAAUACUGGCACCCACACGUUGACAAGGUAACGUAUGGCUCUUUUGACUAUACGUCACUGCUCUAUCUCUCCGACUACACCGAAGAUUUUGGUGGUGGACGGUUUGUCUUUAUGGAUGCAGGUUCCAACAAGACGAUAGAGCCCCGAGCAGGCCGGGUUUCCUUUUUCACCUCUGGAUCGGAGAACCUUCAUCGGGUGGAAAAGGUUCACUGGGGCACGCGCUAUGCCAUCACCAUCUCCUUCACUUGCAACCCAGACCAUGGCAUUGGGGAUCCAGUCUUGAUGUAAUUCCUCUGGGAAUGGAACAUGAGGUCAAAUGGAAUGAGAGAAGCCCUGCAAGAGGAGAGGAAAGAGGGAGAUAACAUCUCUUGUAACAUCACAUUCAAUUAGAAUUUCCCAGCUAUAUUAAUAUAUUGUAA